UAUAUAAACCUUUAACCUAGUCUUCUUACAUGGUCAAUGACGUUUUCUUACACUUGAGUUAAUUCAUUAGAAAUUCAUUUUGUCAACUCUUUAAGUUUCUAGACAAUAAAAAAAAGAUAGUCAUGUACUCAUGUACCUCAUAUUUUAAACAUACCAAGUCCAAGAGUAUUUUACUUGUAAAUUCUCAAUAAUUAUACGACGUUAUUAUUAAUUAUAUAAUUAAACAACCAAAAGCAUGUGAUUAAGUCCAAGUAUUCCAAAAGUUAUGGACUCCAUGAAUUUAGAAUGAGCUAGCCACGACGAAAAACACGCCAAUUCCAACUCCCUCAAAAAAAUAAAAUAAAAGAUAAAAUUGCAUAAUCUAAACCCCUUAAAACAGGAAGAGACAAGUAUAUAUCCAACUAACUACUUAUAAAUCAACGACUCUUCGAAAUUCUUGCCUCUUCUACUAAUUAUCCUACCCAAAUCUAUCAAUUUUCUUCUUUUGCAUCCAAUUUUUUGGGGUACAACUUUUUUACCCCUAUUUUCACAAAAACAAAAUCUCUCCCAAAUUAAUUUUGCCAUUUUUUUUUUCGUUUUCGAAACUUACUUUCCCUUUCUAUUAUCAUCUUUGUUUGUUGCAUUUGUUCUAUAAGUCUGUUUUUUCCUCUUAUCUCGAUGUUCAUUCCAAAUUCAUCACAUUAAUUUUAACCAUCUCCUAAUUUGGAGAUUGUAACGAGAUAAUAAUACAAAGAAAGGUACGUAAGUCAAACGUUCUUGUUUAUUUAUUUGGAGGGAUCUAAAUUUAAGGUAAUGGAUCAAGCAGAACUUAAAAGAGUUUUUCAAAUGUUUGACCGGAAUGGAGAUGGGAAGAUCACGAAAAAGGAGUUAAACGACUCUCUACAAAAUUUGGGAAUAUACAUUCCCGAUAGAGAGCUUAGUCAAAUGAUAGAAAAGAUUGACGUAAACAAGGAUGGUUACGUCGAUAUGGAAGAGUUUGGUGCAUUGUACCAAACAAUAAUGGACGAGAGGGACGAGGAGGAGGACAUGAGGGAGGCGUUCAACGUGUUUGAUCAAAAUGGUGACGGUUUUAUAACCGUCGAGGAGUUGAGAUCGGUUUUACAAUCAUUGGGUUUGAAGCAAGGAAGAACAAUUGAUGAUUGUAAGAAGAUGAUUAGCAAGGUGGAUGUUGAUGGUGAUGGAAUGGUUAAUUAUAAAGAGUUUAAGCAAAUGAUGAAAGGUGGUGGAUUUGCUGCUUUAGGUUCAUAGAUGAUUUACAGUUUUGUUUUUUCUUGAUUGCUAAGAUAUCGAAACCUCGAAAGAAAGAAAGAAAAACAAAAGGAAGAUUAAUAUUAACAAGAUUGAAGAAGAAAAGUAUAUUGAUUAAUCCUCAAUAGAGGAGGAUGCAUGGGGAGAGAUCAUAGUAAGAUCUCUAUUUUGUAUGAAUUCAUGGAAAAUUGUAAUUUUGAUUCUUGUAAAACCUAGAUUAUCAAUGAUGGGGUUUUGUUCACAUUGAGAUUUGUGGUAAAUUUCUUCAAUUUUCUUUCUUUUCUGUUCCUUUCUUUUUUAAUUUUUUGUACAUUAGUAACUAAAAUGCUAUUAAUCAUAGAUUUAUAAUUUUUUGUACAUUUUUCUUUUCAGCUAAUAUGCAAUAAUAUCAGGCUCACACACCUCGAGUAUGGGAAUUGAAUAACUAAAUUAAUACUAGUUCAACCUUAAUUGGCUUAAUUUAACUCAAUCUUUGUCUCUUAUCCGUGUUCAUGUAAUUAUACUAACUGUUUGCCCAUCCUUAAACCAAGUAAUGAUCAGUACAAGCAUAUAGCCUAAAGGAUACUGGAUAAGUGGAUUGAAAAUUCGAAAAGCCAAUAGGACCAAACAGCUGACGACCCUCUUAAAUCAGACGAUACACCUGAGGGAUUGCAAAGAUAGAUAGGAUUAGACAGCCAGAACCACGCAAAGAGAGUGUAUUAUCUACAACAUCCAUGAUCUUCUAAAAACUCCAUCCACAAUCUUACUGUAAUCAAAACUCCAGAAAAGCCUUCAGAGUUUAAACAGCCAAUCCUCUAGAUCCGGUCUAUAACUGGUCACGUAAUUGUGGUCAUGUGAGGGAUAAGAGGGAAAGUAAAAAACGCUCAUGUGGUUUCAUAGUAGGACAUAGAAUGAUAGACUUCACGAAAAUGGAGUGACUUUCUUUUUGUGCAGUAAAACUUUCACUCAACUAGCAGAAACUGCUAACUAUGUUAACUUGACACCCUGUUGCACGUUGAGUGUCGAAUGUCGGAUCUUUCAACACAACACCUAAAUACAGAGUAUAUAGCUUUAUAUGGAUUUUUUUUUUUAAAUCUGGAGUGUCAGAGGAUCCAACAUAUCAGGCACAACACCCAAAUCCAGUCUAAGCAACAUAGACUGCUAGGUAACUUUCUCUGUGGUGCGAGACAUAAACGCCGAGGAGGUACAGGCAUGCAGCUACUCAUGAGGUCACUACCUGGUUUUUUUUUUUUUUUUUUUUUUUUUUCAGUCUACCAAUCUCCUUUCUAGUAUCUACUCCCAAAAGCUGGAAUUCUCGAGUAUUUCUACCUAAAAUUAACCACUAACUACAAUCAAUCUUAAAUA